UAAAACACCACCUUGGCCGAAAGAAGUUUAUUCUAUUGAGGUGAAACCCAGCUCAGAGCGAGUCACUAAUAAAGCUUUCCCAACAAGCGAAAAACCCUCUGACAUCUCAAGAUUAUUUCAGAGACCAAAAAUAUCUCUCGCAAGUCUUCAACCUGAAGAAGCAUCUAGCGCUGCAGUGGUGAGCCACAUGCUACAAUGCAAGUGUGAAGUUUGUCUAAAGCGAUCCAUAAAAACGGAGAAAAUUCAACUUAAGGCUUUUGAUAGAAAGGAGCCAGGUAUUCUAUCUAAAUCUAAAGUUCAACUAAAGGAAGAUGAAUGCGAGCCUCCGGCUGCAAUAAGCAAGGAGCAAAGAGAAUUGCCUCCGUUAGUGAGUCAACCAACACAAACAGUGCAGCUUCCAGUGAAGCAGAAGCCCACAAUACUGCCGAGUCGGAGAGAACCUGAUAUUGAUGUGUCUGUACCUACUAUAGGUCAAGCAAUAUCCGUAGAACUGAAGCCAAACAAUGCACGCGAUUUAUCGCCUAGUUUGCCAAGCAGGCAUUUUGCUAACCCGGUAGUAUUGAAAACCACUAGAGGGGAAAAAGCUAGAACUUCACCCUGUAGGGUGCUUCAGCAAUCGAAUGAGAGUCGGAAAGUAUCUUCCGACCGCGAACUCCCUUCUGUUCAAUAUCCUAUUCGGAUACAUCAAACACCCAAAAAGGAUAAAAAAGCAGAAAUAUCGACCCCUUUACAAAGUGCGCCUUUGCAGUUUGGUGAAACGUGUCGUUGCGAACAAUGUGAAUCAAGCAAUCUCCGGCAAACUUCUCCUAUCAAAGUCAAAAGUCAAGUAGGGGAGCAUAUUUUUCAGAAACCAAGGAUACCAUCACCAACGUUCACUGAUUACACUGGAAAAGUAGAACAGCCACUUGGAGUGACUGGUGAUGUGCACGAAUGCACUUGCGAAAUUUGUCAAGAAGGAGGUACAAAGGAAUGCCCCUCUAAAUACAAAAGGUUUACUUGCUUCCACUGCUGCAAAAGAAAACAGAAAAGCGUAAUUAGUUGUCAUCGACGCCCUUCGAAAACUAAGCUGGAAAGAAUGUCUGACCCAAUCGAUUCGAUAAAACCAUCGUCUUCAAGUAAAAUAGACAAAGUUGAAACAACUUCCCUACACACCAUUUUUCCUCCAGUCUCCCCGAAAGCAAGCACCAGAAGCAUACACUCAUCCAUGAUAACUUCAUGUCCUUGUUUAUACUCUCUGGAAAGUUCCGAAAAAGAUGAAAGCCAAGUUUGCACGUGCAAAUCGGAACUAUCUCUCAUCGGAAAAAUAUCCGAAGAAACGGAGAAACCAGAAGAAACCUUGGGCAGCCAGAUACCAUCUCGGUCAGUUGCUCGUAUCAGUCAAGGUUCAUUAUUAAGUUGCGUAACCAGUUGUAGUUGCUGGCGUGUACAAGACGAUGAAACAUUUUCUUCAAAAAGUACUUCAGAAAUAGAAUCGUUCAUAAGUGUAAAAUCUAGUCGAGAAUUUGAAGAAGUAACUGAAGGCGAAAGAAUACCUUGUACUUGUAAAACUAAACCACCACCAGCUACCCAAGAAGUUAUUCCCAUAGAAAGUGAAGAACAGCUGCAUGAAGAAUCAGAAUCAAUAUCUGUUGAACCUGCAUUCAGCAGGUUGACAACAUCGCAGUUAUCUGCAGCUAAAAGCAUGAGAUCUCUUUUCGGGACUUCAAGUGCUCAGAUAUCAAUCCCGAUUAACGAUAGACACCCUGAGGAAAGCAUUUCCUCUAAUUUGGGUAAAAGCUAUGAAGAUAUUAGUCUACCAGAAAAAUCAUGCAGUUGUACUGUUUGUCAACUAACGCCAGGACAACCUCUUAUCCAUGAAAACUUGGAACAAGACUAUCACGAUUCUCCAGGGUCAAAAAGCGAAACAUGUCGUACCACGACAAUAGACAUACCAAGUAGGCCUUUACGCUGUCCUAAUAAGUGCGGCUGUCUAGACUGUCCGUUUCUCAAUCCAGAUCGAAAAUCAAAAACCCAGUUUACAUAUAAAUGUCCUCAAUACCGAAAUCAUGGUGACGAUGUCGAAUGCCAGGAACGACGUCGUCGCGAUAUAAUUGACCAAAGAACAAAGCGAUGUGCAAUAUGCCGUCGAUUACUAAUGGAUUCUGAUGGCUGCCAAGUCCAAACCUGUUCCUGUUCAGCACGUGGAGUCCCAUGUCCUCUAGAUAGUACACUUCAUAAAACCGAGUCUUUCUUCUACAGAGCAGCACGGCUUUUACUUGAAUCGGAUUCUGAGCUACACGGAGUCAGCGAAACGGCUAAAACAUUAUUCAGAUUCAUUUUCUCGGAACUAAAAAACAUAAAAAGGAUAUUACAUCAAAGAAUCACUGGUGAGAGUACGAGCAGAAGUAGAGAAGACGAUUGUUGUCAGAUAUCCGCCUGCUAUUGUUCCGCGAUUGGAACUCCACCAGGAAUUCGAAGAAGUUUCAACUUUCCGGAGUUAAAACCAUUCGAGUCAGCACCAAGUUUGCUGAGAAGUCCUUUGUUUGAUAGUGACGAACACAUACCUUUGUCAAGGUCUAUGUUUUCGCAUAGUUUUUGUUACUGUGGAUUGACUGUUCAAAUUGUAUCAAUUAAAGCAGUUGGAAAAAAAGCACUGAUGGUCACAUGGAAGUAUGAUGGUAAUAAGGACAUUAGCCGUUUUGAGAUCUAUGUUGAUGGCUAUCUCAAAUGUCACAAGUUCUCACCUUGCCGAAACAUAGCAAUAGUUAAUGACGUUGAUAUAAAUAAGGAACAUCAUAUUCGAAUAAUUGCAAUACCCAAGACGUCACCAUUAAUACGGAAUGGAAUGGCUUUACGAGGUCUUUAUCUUCCAGAAGAGUAUCGAGGAACUUACAGCCGAACCUGCUUAUACCAGCCACAAGGACCUGCUUAAUUUCGAAAGAGUCCAUUCUGAAAGCUUGGUUUAUAACGCUCGUGUCUACUGGAAUGUGCCUAUUCGCUAGAAAAGAAAUAUUCACAACAUUUUGAAAUUUGAUUAGCUAUGAAGCAGCGACAUUUUUGCAAAAAUUGAAUUUCAAAAGUGGCCACCUUUCCAGUUGAAAUAUUUUAUGGUUUUUAGGAUAACACACAAUGACCCCUUUGAGGAAAGCCUAUAAAAUAAUUCAGAAAA